GGCAAACAACGACUGACCCGGUUACACAACUGUGACGUCAUCAGAGGAUGUUGUGUAACUGAGGUCCCGUGGCCGAGGCGUGUUUGGUGUUCCACAACUUUGUCCAGAAGCACUAAAGACAGACCGCACGAGCUCUGACGAGGGUGUAUAACUCAAGUUUGCACAAGAAGAAGCGACCCCUACCCGACGCCAACAUGACUGCAGAGGACAUCAAUGACCCGCCGCCCAAACACAGCCCGAGGGGCGUGGCCCUGGUGGUGGUUGCCUGGGUAACCUACAUCGUCACCCUUGCCAUGAACGCACUGAACGGUGUUAACCUUAUCCCAGGGUUGUUCCUCAGCACCAUCGGAAACGUCUCCGACAAGUACGACAACGAGGUGGUGCCGUCCGGCUGGGUCUUCUCCAUCUGGGGCUUCAUCUACGCCUGGAACUUCGCCUGGCUCAUCUACGUCACUUCCUGUCUCUUCCGGAAACACUCCGGGGGGUACUUCUACGUCACUCCCGAGCUCUUCCCUCCCGCCUUUUACGUCAUCUGGUACGUCAACAACUUCCUGAACAUCGCCUGGCUGUUCGUGUGGGAUCGGGAGGUGCUGAUCGCUGCCGCGGUGGUCCUCGCUCUCUGCCCCUUCACCCUCUACAUCCUCCUCUUCAUCUCCUACCGCCGGCUGGACCAGAACGGGCCCUGGCUGGCUGAGAACUCUCCCGUCGAUCUCUGGCUCACGCGCGGGCUCGUCCACAACGGGCUGGCCAUCUACGCCACCUGGACCUCCAUCGCUACCCUCCUCAACCUCGACAUCGUGCUCAUCUACGUGGGAGGCUUCAGCGACGAGGACGUCUCAACCGGCAUGUUCACGGUGCUUCUUGUGGAGAUCCUCGUCUGGUUCUUCCUGGAGAACUUCGUCUUGGAUCGGUACUGCCGCUACACCCUGGUGCCGUACGUGGUGGUGGUGGCCGCGCUUUCCGGAAACCUGACCAAGAACUGGGACCCCGCCAAGAGGAACGUCAUCUACGUCUGCGUGUUGCUAGGCGUGACCGCCCUGUUGCUAGUGGUGCGCGUCGCCCUGGUGAUGUGGCGUCACAUGACGCAGCCGUUGUACGCCAAGAAGGGUAGUACCAUCACCAUGACGUCAAUGUCUAAGAUAACACCAGAGGUGGAGAAAACACCUCUGUAACUCUGAACUGAGACAUCACAAUCCAGAUUUAUGGAUGGAAAGUCAGUAUUCAAAGAGCCAACCAGUAUCCACCGUAACAGACCAACUCCUGUUGGAUAAUGGUUGGCGCUUAGAAUACUGCAGCAUUGUUACCGAUACAUCUGCUUGGAGAUUACAAUCUACAAGUAGAUGUUUGGAUGGAGAAUCAUAAAGUUGACUGUAGCAAAACGGGGCAACCAGGAAACAUUCCGAUCUUUCCUCCUGAUAACAUCUGCUUGGACAUGAUAGUGCCUUACUGAAUUCUGAAAGAAACAACAAUAUGUUGGCACGCAGUACUAACGUGUUGAUGUGAAGAAAGUGCAGUUAACGCAUUGCAUUCCAAGAAAAGCUUUGUAAUAAUUCUUGAUAUCAAUGUCAUUGCUUCCAUAAAAUAUAUCAAAUGCUGGGCAUGAAUGCUAUCUUUUAUAUGUAUACAUAUUGUUGAUAGAUCGCGCACUGGAAUUAGAUGUUGUUUAUAUGUAGAUAAUAUAAUAUGGUGGCUAUUCUAGUUAGCAGGUUUUCUUGUUAAUCAAGAUGCACCUUCUAUUCUAUCAUCUAGCUUGGUUGUUUUGUUGUAUAGAAAUUUGUAUCGUAUGUUACUGUUCACAACCUGUACAAGUAACGUCAGUGUUGUUUUAAGACAUCUGAAGUUCUUUAAGUUUCGAAUUUUCGAACACAUCACGGACCUAAAGUGCCAUGUAAACUUAGAUUUUUAUAUAACUUGAAAUGCGUCAUUUGCAAGCAUUAUACAGUAUGGCUAUGCAUAUGUUUAUUUUUAUGUAUUUAUGUAUGGUGUAAUGAACAAAUUCCAAGUGACACUCAUUUAAAAGUCUGUAUACAUUUAAUACAAGUGCAUUCAGGAGAAUGGUACUGCAGAAGAAAACAAACACACUGCUUUCAAAACCGCCGUGACCAAGGUUCACUCAGAAUCUGGACUAACGUUUUGUUAUUGUAAAUGCCAAUAUUUCUUAAUAUGUUGUUUGGUGAAUGUACAUGGGAAUAAAAAGUGGUCAAAACGUCA